GGUAAUGGCGACGCAAUUGGGGUCUGAGUCCCCUUGUAAGGGGGCAAGACGAAAGAGCCGUAAUGGGAAUAUAAUCACAAAUAUCAGACAGUGCCAGAUCACAGGACAAGGAUUUAGUCGAGGGACUCAGCUCCCUGAGGCUCUGCUGCAGGAGAGAGACAAGCUGGCCAAAUGGCACGGUAUCCCAGUGCUCCUGCAGGGCCUGCACGAGAGUAGCCACCUCAACAGCGACUUCACACACACGCGCAGCGUGCUCAAGGAGCUGUCUUCCCUGCUGUCCAUGGAGGCCAUGUCUUUUGUGACGGAGGACAGGAAGACGGUUCAGGAGUCCUCCUUCCCCAACACGUACACCUUCGACUUGUUCGGUGGGGUAGACCUGCUGGUGGAAAUUCUGAUGCGACCUACCCUCACCGCGCUGAAGAAGAAGCCUAAGAUGAAUGACGACCUGGUGAAAGACUGCCUUAGUGUUCUUUACAACUGCUGUAUCUGUACGGAAGGGGUGACCAAAAGCCUGGCGGCGCGGGACGACUUUGUGCUGUUCCUCUUCACACUGAUGACCAAUAGGAAGACAUUUCUACAGACUGCCACCCUCAUUGAGGACAUACUCGGUGUCAAAAAGGAGAUGAUCCAGCUGGAGGACAUCCCCAACCUGUGUGGCCUGGUCCAGAGCUUCGACCAGCAGCAGCUGGCCAACUUCUGCCGCAUCCUCUCGGUCACCAUCUCUGAGCCAGACCUCGGCAACGACGACAAGCACACGCUCCUGGCCAAGAACGCCCAGCAGAAACGCAACGCCAGCCCCUCUAGCGCUGAGCUGAACCAGGUGACAUUGCUGAACAUCCCUGGCUUCAUCGAGCGGCUGUGUAAGCUGGCCACGCGGAAGGUGUCCGAGGCCCCGGGGGCUUCCAGUUUCCUACGGGAGCUGGAGGACUGGUACAGCUGGCUGGACAAUGUGAUGGUGCUGGACGCCUUCAUGCUCAUGGCCACAGAUGAGGCCGAGCUCUCCAGCACAGAGUCCUCGGACGAUGGCAGUUUGGUGGCGAGCCCCCUGCGGCACCGCUUGCCCCAGUCCAUGAAGACGGUGCAUGAGAUCAUGUACAAGGUGGAGGUGCUCUACGUGCUGUGUGUGCUGCUCAUGGGACGACAGAGGAACAUGGUGCACAAAAUGCUGGCAGAGUUCCGUCUUAUUCCAGGACUCAACAACCUGUUUGACAAACUCAUCUGGAAAUACCCACCCACCAACCAUGUGGUACAUGGGCAGAACGAGAACUGUGACUGCAGCCCGGAAAUCUCCUUCAAGAUUCAGUUCCUCAGGCUCCUGCAGAGCUUCAGCGAUCACCACGAAAACAAAUAUCUGUUGCUGAACAGCCAGGAGCUGAAUGAACUGAGUGCCAUCUCUCUGAAGGCAAACAUUCCUGAGGUGGAGGCCCUGGUCAAUACAGACAGGAGUCUAGUGUGUGAUGGCAAAAAAGGCCUCCUCACCCGUCUGCUCACAGUCAUGAAGAGAGAGCCGCCUGACUCCUCCUUCAGGUUUUGGCAGGCGAGAGCCGUGGAGAGUUUCCUAAGGGGAGCUACUUCCUACGCUGACCAGAUGUUCUUGCUCAAGAGAGGCCUGCUGGAGCACAUCCUGUUCUGCAUUAUCGACAGUGGCUGUAAGUCCAGGGACGUGUUGCAGAGCUACUUCGACCUGCUGGGGGAGCUCAUGAAGUUCAACAUCGACGCCUUCAAGCGCUUCAACAACUACGUAAACACAGACGAGAAGUUCCAGAUGUUUUUGACGCAGAUCAACAGCUCUCUGGUGGACUCCAACAUGCUGGUGCGCUGCAUUGUGCUUUCUCUGGACCGCUUCGAGAGCCAGACGGGGGAUGUAAAAGUGGUGGAGGUGCUCUCAGAGUGCGCUCUCCUUUCCUACAUGGCCAGGGUGGAGAACCGGCUGUCCUUCCUCUUCCGACUGGUCAACAUCAUCAAUGUGCAGACACUCACACAGGAGAACGUGAGCUGCCUGAACACCAGCCUGGUGAUCCUGAUGCUGGCGCGGCGGCGGGCCAAGCUGCCCUUCUACCUGGGCGUGCUGCGGGAGAAGGAGUACGCCGAGAAGUACCCCGGCUGCCUGCUCAACAACUUCCACAACCUGCUGCGCUUCUGGCAGCACCACUACCUCAACAAGGACAAGGACAGCACCUGUCUGGAGAAUAGCUCCUGCAUUCCCUUCAGCUUCUGGAAGGAGACUGUGUCUGUGCUCUUAGAGCAGGAUAGGACUUCUCCCUGUGCCAUAGCCAGCUACAUCGACGAGCCUUACAUGGACCUAGACCAGGACCUGCUAGAGGAUUAACACAUCAGCGCCAUCACACAAAGACAGACAGAUCCGGGUGGGGGGUUGUUUGUGAUGGGGGUACAGGGGAAUGGCGAGAGAGAGAGGACGGUGGAGCAAUGGCCGUCAGAGCACCACCUCCCUCUGUCCUCUGCGUCCUCUCCUCUGGACUGCCUGGACAGGAAGGCAUCCCUCCAAGCCCCGGUGGAGGCAGCACCUGAGCCCAUCCGGGCCCCCACUACAGAGCCCCCUCCACUGGGCAUGCUUAUGCACGGCUGGGGCUUGGAGGCCAACAGCACCACACCUACCCACUGGAAGAUUUGUACCCCCCCACCAGCUGAAGCCCGCCAGCCAUCUCAAAACCAGUGGCCACUCAUUCAUCACACCAGUUCCUCAGUAGGCAUGUAUGUGGGGUCUUUGAGGCGGCAGUCUAGCCUGGCCUCCUGCUGUACUAUAAGUGGUUUGCUCUUGGUGAAAAUCAUAAGAAGCCUUUUUAUAUAAUACAUAAACUAUCUAUUCAAAUAAAGUAAACAGAUAAGGUCUGAUGCAGUAAAUGGGCUAGUUUAAAAAGGACAAAUGGGGUUGGGGGGAUUUUCUGUUCUUCGAUGUUCUCCGCAUAUAGAGUCUCAGAUGCAUGUAGAGGUUCCGUGUGUGUGUGUGUGUGGCUGAUUUUGUCUUGAUCACAGUCAGUGACCAGGUGUCCAACAUGCCUCAAGAGGAGCUAUCCAAUCUGGGCUCAUGCUCUCUCCAGCCGUGUGUGUGUGUGUGCGUGUGUGUGUUUGAUGUGUGACGAUCAUUGAUGAGGUGUGGAGCAGAAACAUCUGGUGCUUGUUACUUAUUGCCAUGGCCAUUGUAGAGUCUGAGUGGUUUCUACGGUAACAGACCGACUCCUGAGUCUUAUAACUUAUAACACUCACCCAGGUCCAUUGUUUUAUCAUAGACAUGUCAGAAUUGCAUUCUGAAAUGUAUUAGUCAUUAGCUUUGCUAUUUUUAGUAUAUUUUGAUACAUUGUUUAGAUUUUUUUGGUGCCACAAGAAUCCUCUUCUUGUUCCCUAAAUGAAUCCUUCAUGGCUCAUAUUGAGGUUAUUAUGCAGCUCCUCAGUUUUAACAGCACACACGUGUACACACACACACACACACACACACACACACACACACACACACACACACACACACACACGCACACACACACGCACACGCACACCCCACCCUUGUUUGAGUCCACAGAUUCAUCCUCAGACUGUGUCGUAGACAAUCUGAUUCUGUGUCAGCUGAUUGGCUGAAGACUCUGUGACCCCUUCGCUCCAGACAUGGUUCCCUUAGCAAACUGCCCGUUUUCUUUUCUUUUUUCUUUUCAUGAUGUUGAAUACUUAGGGCUGAAAAGGAAGAAAUGUAAACUACCUCGUUAUUUUUUGUUGUUCCUCCUUUUCUCUCUCUUUCUUGGCUCACUUUAGCUGUGUUCAUACACAUGGGGCUUGUGUUGUUGUGCACCUGUUGUUUUGUGUGUGCGUGCUUUAUUUCACCUUGGUGCUUUACUGACGCUAUGGAACAGUAGUUUCAGCUCAUCCCAUUCACAACUUUCCCUAUUCCCAUCCCUGAAGUGUGUGUGUGUGUGUGUGUUCCUCACUGUGUUUGGUCACUCAGCGGAUGUUAUCCUUUGGGUGUCUUCACGCUGGCAGCACUUUUUUUUUUAUUAUGCAAUUGGUCACUUCACACCACUUUUAUGUUUUUGCUCAGCCCCUGUGGCUGUUGCAUUUGUAAAGGUUGAAGUUGAAGAGAGUCAGAGCCCAGUGUGCCUGCUGGUGUCCGCUCACCGCUCGUUUUGUGCGUAACUUAGGGUCACUGCCAGUGGUUUGUAGAGGACUGGUCAUCACACCAGCUGCUUUGUCUGGAUGUGUGGGGGGGAAGUCUCAUCUUCUGCUGUUCUGGGCCCCUGCUCCUGUCGCCAUAAGAUGCUUAUUUUUGCGUUUUGCCAAGUACUCUUUAUCUUUGUUUUUCUGUAAGUUUGGUCAUUUAGUGAACAUUUUAAUGGACUUUUUCUCUGCCUGUUGGCUGAGAUCCUUUCUGUUCUCAUCUGUACAUUUUAAAAUUGUCUUUUUAAUUGAUAAUUUGGGGGGGAUUUCAGUGUCGUCCUUAGCUGCUAAUCAUGGUCAAAAGGGUGGUAAAUUGAAUGUCAAUCCCCAUUCUGUGUCACAUCAGACUUCUUCAUUGCAAAGAUGUAUGUAGUAUUUUGGUUUGGUCAGAAAUUAAAUCGCUUUAAACCUACUAUAAUAAUAUAACUCUGAAGGAAUGGUGACGAGCUUAUGGUUCCCUGUAUUUCUGUGCUUUCUGUGAUUUUUGUUUUAAAUGUUUUUUUGCAUUUAAAAAGAUUUGUAGAAUGCUCUGGAAUAUUCUGAAACAUUGCACCCUUAGCAGAAUGACAACAUUGUUGUAAGUGUGAAGCCUACAUGCUGCAGUUUUAAGCACGUAUCAUACCAACCAUAGUCCUGGGCCAGCUGGUGCUUCAUGGCCAUACGUAUGUUGACCAGCUAACUGCAUACAACAAACAGUCUGCAUCUUGCAGGCAUAGUGCUACUCAUCCACUGUUGUCAGUCCGGUUCAAUAUGUGUACCGGUACUUACACACCCCAAGAAGACAUGUUAGGGGUGUUUUGUUUCUUUAUGGAUGACAACAGCAGGUACUCAUCUGUUUUGAUGUGAUGGACGAUGUGGACCCUCUCUGACCUGUUUGCAUGUGCACAGAACAAAGUAUAUAUCACAGACCUGCAUUACAACAUGCUGGUAAGGCUUUGCCUAAUUGUGUGAGUGUGAGUGUGAGUGUGAGUGUGAGUGUGAGUGUGAGUGUGUGUGAGUGUGAGUGUGAGUGUGAGUGUGUGUGUGUGUGUUUCCCUUUUCCCAACAACCGAAGUAAUCAUUUUAAAAUGGUGGCUGUUAUUUUAUACUUUUUUUCUUCCUCCCUUGCUGCUAAAUACGGUUAAGAAUCCCUUGUACUUUUGUUUGGGGUUGAGCCCAUUGAAAUUGAAGAAUUUAAUAUGGUCUGCACACCAACAUGAGCAAGCAGUUUCCCCAUCAACCAUCUCCCCCUCCCCCCAUCCUGCAUCAGAUACCCCCCUCCACCCUUUCCCCCCAUCUUUGUUUCCCAUCCUGACUCUGAUUUUUGGUUAAACUCAACUGUAUAAUAUUGUAAAUGUAAUGUAAGAAUGGAAAAUCACAAUAAAUUUUCACAAACAUUAAAAUUGUGAGCUUUUUUUCUCCUCCUCUAUCCCUCUCGGUCAGAUUUUGAUUGCAUGUGAUUACCAUCUGCAAGGAAACUCCAGUGUUGCUCUCCCAGAAAGAGUGUACGCAUAAAACAGCCCCAUCUUAACUACAAUUCCUGUGUUGCUCUCCCAGAAAGAGUGUACGCAUUAAACAGCCCCAUCUUAACUACAAUUCCUGUGUUGCUCUCCCAGAAAGAGUGUACGCAUAAAACAGCCCCAUCAUCACUACAAUUCCUGUUGGUGUGCAUGUCCUCUCUUGCACAUGCACUUGAAGUAAUGAGAAGGCCACA